UGAAUGACGGAGAUAGUAAUAGAAAUAUUGCCAGGAUACUGUGUAUUUGUGUAUUCUGUGAGUUGUAAACGCAGUUUGAUGUAAUUUAGAAAUUAGUACACUUAAAAAUGCAGAAUGUAGCACAAGGAUCUACGUCAGAUAACCAAAAACUUGAAAAAGUGAAUGUACAGCACGAUAUAGGGAAAUCGUCGACUCCCAUAUCUUCUAACUCGAGCCCAACGAAAUCUGAAACGGAGACGUAUUCAGAACUGCAGCCGAGAUUUAUGACUGAUUCGUCAGAAAGCGAGGAGGACGACGUUUCUGAGGUUGAAUCGUUUGUUAUCGAUCAAGCGGAGUUGGACGAAGAGACACGCUUGGAAACCUCAAAGUUCCUGUCUCCUGAAGAGACAAUAGAGCCAUCUGUGGACCCAGAAACUCAAGCACGGCUCGAAGCUCUUCUUGAAGCAGCGGGUAUUGGAAAAUUAUCUGCAGGAGAUGGGAAACAUCUAGCAGAUCCGGAGGUCUUGCGGCGCUUGACUUCUAGUGUAUCUUGCGCAUUGGACGAGGCAGCAGCUGCCCUAACACGUAUGAGGAGUGAAAACCCACGCCAGCAACCUGAAAGGUCACUAGUUGAGGCUUGUACUGACGGAGACGUUGGAACAGUACGCAAACUGCUGACAGAAGGGAGAAGUGUCCACGAGACGACGGAAGAGGGGGAGAGCUUGCUCUCAUUGGCGUGUUCGGCCGGUUACUACGAGCUAGCUCAGGUGUUACUGGCCAUGCAUGCCAAUGUAGAGGAUCGAGGGAUCAAGGGUGACUGCACACCCUUGAUGGAAGCUGCAUCAGCGGGUCAUGUAGAUAUAGUGAGAUUACUCAUUGCACACUCUGCUGAUGUGAAUGCCCAGUCAUCGUCAGGCAACACACCUUUAAUGUAUGCUUGUGCUGGAGGCCAUGAAGAAGUGGUAAGGACACUUCUUGAAAACUCUGCUAAUGUUGAAGAUCAUAAUGAAAAUGGCCAUACUCCCCUGAUGGAAGCAGCCAGUGCAGGUCAUGUUGGUGUUGCAAGGAUUCUGUUGGAACAUGGUGCAGGAAUCAAUACCCACUCCAAUGAGUUUAAGGAAUCUGCACUGACUCUUGCCUGCUAUAAGGGACAUCUAGACAUGGUGCGGUUUUUGCUGGAAGCUGGAGCUGAUCAGGAACAUAAAACUGAUGAGAUGCAUACAGCUCUCAUGGAAGCUUCUAUGGAUGGUCAUGUGGAAGUUGCCAGAUUACUCCUUGAUUCUGGGGCACAGGUAAACAUGCCCACAGACAGCUUUGAGUCGCCUUUGACUCUUGCAGCCUGUGGUGGUCAUGUAGAUUUAGCAAUGCUCCUAAUUGAAAGGGGUGCGAACAUUGAAGAAGUGAAUGAUGAGGGCUACACACCACUAAUGGAAGCUGCACGUGAGGGACAUGAAGAAAUGGUUGCACUCCUGCUUAGUCAAGGUGCCAAUAUCAAUGCACAGACUGAAGAGACUCAGGAAACAGCUCUAACUUUGGCCUGUUGUGGAGGGUUCACGGAAGUUGCAGACUUCCUUCUCAAAGCAGGUGCAGACAUUGAAUUGGGAGCCUCAACUCCACUUAUGGAAGCUGCGCAGGAAGGCCACCUAGAACUGGUCAAGUUCCUUUUGGAAAACAAUGCUGAUGUGCAUGCUCAGACACAGACAGGAGAUACAGCUCUCACGUACGCCUGUGAGAAUGGCCAUACUGAUGUGGCAGAACUCUUGCUUCAGUAUGGAGCAGAUCUGGAGCAUGAAUCGGAAGGUGGCCGAACUCCACUUAUGAAGGCUUGUCGUGCUGGACACAUGUGCACAGUACAGUUCCUCAUUUCAAAACAUGCAGAUGUCAAUCGUCAGACUACAAAUAAUGACCAUACCCCUCUGUCAUUGGCCUGUGCUGGAGGACAUCUAGCAGUUGUGGAGCUGCUGUUAGCACAAUCAGCUGAUCCUUUUCAUAAAUUGAAGGACAACUCAACAAUGCUGAUUGAGGCAGCAAAAGGUGGUCACACAAAUGUGGUUCAGUUGUUGCUGGAUUAUCCCCAUUCCAUCAUGAUGAGUACCCCCCAUCCACACAGUGUGCCAACAUCAAGUGGAGCUGUUCAGGGCAGUGGUGUUGGAGUGGUUGGGACGAUAGCAGAUUCUGGUGGAGGGGUCAUCGAAGUGCCUCCACCUAAUAUACAUCCUGUGGCACCAACACCAUCAUCAGGGGCAGCAAAGAUUACUGCAAGCCAGGCUGGGCGACUCGUAGAACAUCUUGCGCAGCAAAAACACAAUACUCAAAAAUCAUUGUUGAGAAAAAGUCGUUCUUCUGCCAUGAUGAAUGACAGUAGUCUUACCUCAGCAGAAGUCCAGCAGGUACGGAAUCAGCCUCUUGGAGACGGUUCCAGCAGCAGUGCUGGUGUUGGAGUUCUGUCAAAAGAUGAGCCUAAUAUUUUAGACAAAGGGAGUACACCUGCUCUAGUGGAUGUUGAGAAGGCUUGGAAGCAGCAUGCAGCUAGGGAGGAUCAGAUACUACAGAAACAACAAAUUCUGGAAGAACUUCAGAGGGUUGAAAGAGAAUUACAAGAAAAAGGUCCCAAUCAGCUGCUGUUGCCAGAUGGCAGCCUUGGGAUUACAAGUGCUUCUGUGAUACCCGUGGCUCAACCUCUUGGGCUGAACAUCGAUCUCAGUCCACAGCCAUUGGCAACUCAAGGUAUGGUUUGUGCAUCAGGUGUCUCAGGGACACUAUUCCAUCAGGGGCCGAAUAAUACCAUCUCUGUGCAUAAUGCGUUUUAUACGGGUGGCAGCCAGCCAUUAGCAGGUAGUUGCCAACAACCACAACAAUCCCAGCAGCAACAGCAGCAGCAGAAGUCUUUGACUCUGGUAGCAACAGGUCGUGAUGGGGGCUUCAUAGCUACUUCAGGUCCUUAUCCCCCACCACCUCCUGCUGCACAACCUCAGUCACAGCCACCGCCUCCACCGCAGCAACAACCUGCAUCAACUGUUCCUCAGCAGCAGCAGACAAUCUCUGCAAGCUCAGAUGUUGUUCAGUCCACAGCCAUAAGUGACCGGCCUAAAGCAAAACCUGUCUCAAAGAAGGAAGUGAAGAACCUCCGUAAGCAGCAGCAACAGGCAUACCAAGCAGCUAUGCAGCAUCACCAGCAGCAACAGCAGAUGAUGCAGCAGCAGCAGCAGCAGCAACAACAACAAAAACAGCAGCAGCAGCCUCCACCACCACCACCUCCACAGAUACAGCAGCAGCAGCAACAGCUGCAGCUGCAGCAACAGCAACAACUGCAGCAGCAGCAGCAGCAGACACAACAACAGUUGCAGCAGCAGCAGCAGCAGCAGACACAACAGUUGCAGCAGCAGCAGCAGCAGCAACAGCAACAACAGUUGCAGCAGCAGCAGCAGCAGCAGCAGCAGCAGCAAGUCCAACAUCAGCCACAGACAACCACCCAACAAAAACAUGUUCAUUUCCAUAAUAUGAACUUCAGUCAUCAACUUCAAACUACGGCUGAACAAGCACUGCAUGAGCAGUCGCAGCAGCAACAGCAGCAGCAGCAACAGCCGCAGCCGCCGCUAUCGCCACACUCCAUAUUGAAGAACAGUCUGCAACCAACCUCAUUGUUGGCACCUCAUGUAAUGGUGCAGUUGACACAGUUAGAUCCUGGCAUGGUGCCAACAACUCCCCAGCAACUAAACCAGGUGUUGCAACAAAAGCAUCAGCAACAGCUACGUACCUUACAACAACAGAUACUGCCACAACCCGGUAUGGAGCACACUGAUCUGUCUGGUCUGUUGUCGGACCAACAGCAGCAUUGUCCAAUAUUUGCUGCAGCUGCAGAAGAAGCACUUGCAAUAGUGGAUAAGGCCUCAAAGUCUGAUGAAUCUAGGCUUGAAAUUGAUGAUGAUGCUAUUAAUGAUGUCACCCAAACACUGCAGAACUUCAGCAUUGAUGCUGUUGACAUAGCUGCAGCAUUUGCUGCUGGUGCUGCAGCUGGUGUUGCAGCUAGUUCCAGUGAUCGUGAGGAUCUUAAACUUCCGGUGCCAAGUAGCCAGACUGCAGCUCAAGGACAACAGUAUUCAGCAACCCAGAUGGAUGAAGCCAUCUCAGUUAUGUCCCAAGGACCUGUACAAGUUGGAACUACGCAGACGGAUGUUGCAAGAGUUGAAUAUUACGUACCUUCCACUGCUGCCCAGAUACCAGGACUGCAGGUGCAGCAUGGGUCUGGGCUGCACCUGCAGUAUCAACAGUAUCAGCUCACAACUGGUCUUCACGUGGCAACAAGUGGUGUCCAGUCACUCGAAGUCACUGGUGGGAUCCAGAUUACAGGGUCAGCUGCAACUCCUCUGCAGACAACGCAAAUACUAAAUCCCAGAUUAGGUUCUGCCUUUCAGUCACAACUGCUGUUGCAGACACCACAACUAGCAUUUCCAGGACAAGCACUGCCUCCACCAGAAUCUGGGUCAGAAGUUUCUGUGAGUUCGGGCCAAUUGCAAACUCAAGCUCAACAACAGGCACAGGCAUCUCAGCAGCUACAACAGCAACAGCACCACCAUCACCACCACCAUCACCAUCAACCACAAACGCAGCAGCAGCAGCAGCAGCAACAACAACAACAACAACAACAGCAGCAGCAAAUACCAUCACCCCAACAACAGCAGCAACCUCCACCACCACAGCAGCAACAGCAACACCAUUCACAGCCAUAUGUGUUGCAGCAGCAGUGCUCUGCAGUGCAGGUCCAAGUUGCAACACAGACACAGGCUACAAAUGACAAAAAAGCAAGCGUUGCAUCAAUUUCUGUGCCUGUAUCCACAACUGCUCCUGCUACUGCCGUUGCUGCUGCUCCCCCUCAGACAACAACAGGGAAAGGCAAGAAGUUAAGAUAUCCCCUUACAUUACGCCAGCCACCAAAUCAGCAAGGAACUGCAGCUGCUCCAGCAUUUAGUUCGCAGAAUAUAAACUCCAGUCUAGAAUGGUUUGAGAAAGGUGAGGUUGUGGCGCAAGAGUGUAAUGGUGCAUGUGUUUCGGGAGUAGCUGCAGCUUCAACAGCUAUGGGGUCAAGAACAGCUUCUGGGGGCACACCUCAGUGCCCCCAAGCUCCUUUCUCCUGUAUGGAUGUUGAUUCAGAGACUGAUAGUAACCAUGAUACAGCACUAACGCUAGCCUGUGCCGGUGGUCAUGAGGAACUUGUUGAACUGCUGCUUUCACGUGGAGCUGAUAUAGAACACAGAGAUAAGAAAGGAUUCACACCAUUAAUUUUGGCAGCCACAGCAGGACAUGAAAAAGUAGUAGAAAUACUGUUAAAUCAUGGUGCAGAGAUAGAAGCCCAGUCGGAGAGAACUAAGGAUACCCCACUCUCUCUUGCCUGUUCAGGAGGUCGUUAUGAGGUUGUGGAAUUAUUACUACAAAGAAAUGCUAAUAAAGAACACCGUAAUGUCUCGGACUAUACGCCACUAAGUUUGGCGGCAUCUGGUGGAUAUGUUAAUAUAAUUAAGCUCCUUUUGGCGCAUGGAGCAGAAAUAAACUCUCGCACAGGUAGCAAGCUAGGCAUAUCUCCUCUCAUGUUGGCUGCAAUGAAUGGCCAUACUGCUGCGGUAAAACUACUGCUUGACAUGGGAAGUGACAUCAAUGCUCAGAUUGAGACUAAUCGCAACACAGCCCUCACGCUAGCAUGUUUCCAAGGACGACAUGAAGUGGUGAGUCUUUUGCUGGAUCGCAAGGCAAAUGUUGAGCAUCGAGCAAAGACAGGUUUAACACCACUAAUGGAAGCUGCAAGUGGUGGCUAUGUCGAAGUUGGUCGUGUCCUACUGGACAAGGGUGCUGAUGUAAAUGCACCACCUGUGCCUUCGUCACGUGAUACAGCACUGACAAUAGCUGCCGACAAGGGUCAUUGUCGGUUUGUGGAACUUCUACUUUCAAGAGGUGCUCAGGUUGAAGUGAAGAACAAGAAGGGCAACUCACCACUCUGGUUAGCAGCAAACGGUGGACACUUAAAUGUCGUUGAGCUGUUAUACAAUGCUGGUGCAGACAUUGAUUCUCAGGAUAACAGGAAAGUUUCUUGUCUGAUGGCAGCUUUCCGGAAAGGUCACAUGAAAGUUGUAAAAUGGAUGGUCAAUCAUGUAACUCAGUUCCCAAGUGAUCAAGAAAUGACUAGAUACAUUUCAACUGUCAGUGACAAGGAGCUGUUAGAAAAGUGCCAAGACUGUGUGAAGAUCAUUCGAGCAGCAAAAGACCAACAAGCAGCCAAAGCAAACAAAAAUGCCAGCAUCUUAUUGGAAGAACUUGACAUGGAAAAAACUAGAGAAGAAUCAAAGAAGGCAGCCGCAGCUCGAAGGCGAGAAAGGAAGAAGAAGAAGAAACUUGAGAAGAAAGAAGAAAAGCGGAAGCUUCAUGAAGAAAACAAGAAGAAUGAAAUACUGUACCAAGAAAAUGAACAAACAACAAAAAAAGAUGAUGAGGAGGAGGAGGAAACUGAGAGACCUGAAGAGAAUGAAGCAGAAGAUUUGGGUGCCCAAUGUUGUGAUGACAAUGUUGGUACAGAUAGUCCAGUACGCAAUGGUGAUGUAAUAGACAAAGAAGAGGGAGACAGUGGUAUUGAUGCAAAUAGCCAAGGAAGUUGCAGCAGCAAUGAUGUUAAAUCAAAAGAGAAACGAAAAGAUAAGAAGAAGAAAAAAGGCCCUAGCACAAGUACAUCGACAUCCCCAAGUGGGGGAAGUGGCAGUAGCAAUAAUAGCAUUGCAAAGCCUCCUGAAAAGGAGCCAGCACUACAUCCUCCUGGAUCAGCUCACUUGGAGGCAACCUCUUCUCGCCCAUCAGUUAGUAGUUCAACCAAGACUCGUGAACAGCCUAGCUUGUCAUCAGUUUCUGGCUCUGCAACUGACAAUAAAGAUCGUAAAGAAACCACAGCUCAAGAUUCCAAAUCUGCUACACGCAGUAGCCAGCAAGGUGAACGCAAAAUUAAAGGUCAUCUAGUAUUUGAGGCUUCUAGGCCACAUCCUGCUGAGAGGGAGGAUUUUGAAGCAACUGGCAACGAAACAUAUGUGCCUGCUAGUAAAGGGAAGAAAAAUUCUUAUAUGAAUCAUUACUGUGAUGCUGAGUCAAGUCUCAGCAGCAACAAAAGUGGUAUGAGCACCACUAGUCCAAAACAGAGUGGCAAGCGGGAGGAAGGGUGGAAAGAAGUCGUCCGGAAGUCCAAGAAGGUUUCUGUGCCCUUGAAUGCUAUCAGUCGGGUCAUUGGCAGAGGUGGAAGCAACAUCAAUGCCAUCCGCGGUGCUACUGGAGCACACAUUGAAGUGGAGAAACAGAGCAAAGGCCAAGGCGAAAGGAUAAUUACAAUAAAAGGUUCUGCUGAAGCAACAAGACAGGCACAUACUCUUAUUGCUGCUUUGAUCAAGGAUCCUGAUGUGGAUAUAUUGCAAAUGCUUCCAAAGUCGGCAAAGCUGUCAGUUGUAUCCAUGUCUUCAUGGGACAAAUCAGCAAUGGCACCAAAGUCAAAAACUGCAUCUGCCAAGUCUGGUGGGUCUGUGACGCUGCAAGGAACAUCAAUUCUUGGAACAGGGCCGUCUUCAUUGCUCAGCAAGCCAGUACCUGCAGUUGUAGGUGCACCGGUACCACUGUUCACUUCUUUGCGGUCAGCAUCAGCUUCAAAAUUAAGUGGAUCAUUUCCCCCUCCAGUAACAAGAGGGACAGCUCCACGCCAUGUCGCAGCAGCAGAGAAACGUGCAGCUGCGGCUGCAGCUGCCGCUGCAGCUCAGAUGGCUGCGGCUUCAAAUACAAAAACUACAAUGUCAUAUACCUCAGCCAUCAUGACAUCGGGCCGCACAUCAAAAGCAGCUAGUAGCAGUACACCACCGACAUUUGCAGCAAAACUAACAGAGGCACCACCACUGCAGGUUCCUGGAGGCCUUCCAAGUUCAACAAAGUUAUCUCGGGUGGUAUCUCAGCCUACUUCGUUACCAGCAGCAAGCCAAACUUCUAUAUUGCUGCAGCAGCAACAGCACCACCAUCACCACCACCAGCAGCAGCAGCAGCAAGCUGCUUCUCCAAAGCAUCAUAGGCCUUCCACUCAGCAGUCAACAACAGCAACAUCGACGACGAUGACUACUACUACUGCCACUACUACUGCCACCACAACCACCAGCACCAGUACCACCACCACUACCACUGCCACCAACACGAACACCACAACUUCAGCUUCCAGCUCACAAGUACCUGGAGUUCCACAACCGGGUGGUUUUCAGAUCACACCUGGUAAGGCACCAUUUCCAUCAGCAACCACACCAGCAACCAGUGCUUCAGUGGCGGCACCUGCUGCUAGUCAGCCUCAGGUGACAGUGGCCUCAACAACAGCUACUGCACGUGUUGGUACACCACAGCCACAGCAAGCAGUGUCAGUACAACAGUCACCACCACAGCAGCAGCAGCAACAGCAGAUGUCACAACAGUGUCAACAGCAACAAAACGUGACACAGAGUGGUCAGCAGCAGACUUCACUAGCACCUCCACCGCCCCCACCUCCAGCGACUCCGCAGCAGUCACAGAUACAUCAGCAGCAGGUAAUUUCUCAGCCUCAGCAGCAGCAGCAGCCCCACCACCAACAGCAGCAGCAGCAGCAGCAACAACAACAACAACAACAGCAGCAGCAGCACCAGCAACAUCAGCAGCAGCAACAGCAACAACAGCACCAACAGCAGCAGCAACAUCAGCAGCAGCACCAUCACCACCAACAGCAACACCACCACCAGCAACAGCAGCAUCACCAUGUACAACAGCAGCAGCAACAAUCAUUACAACAACAGUCAUCUCAGCAACAGCAGCAGCAGCAGCAUCACCAUCACCACCACCACCAUCACCACAACCAGCAACAGCAGCAGGCACAACACCAACACCACCAACAGCAACAACACCAGAUAGUGCAACAGCAGUUGACACAAGCACAGCACCAACAAGCUCAGCCACCAUCUCCAGAAACACAGCAGGUUUCUGUUGCAGCCCCAAAUGCUGCUCCACUUGAAUACUCUUUGUUCAAUGACAACUUCACAAAGGUGGCCCAGCAGUCAAUGUGGGGAAGAGACAGUGAAGCAACAAAAACAAUUAUGAAUUUUGCAAGUGUUGCAGCAACUGGUGGUGCCCCAGGAUCAGGAUCUAGCAGCUCUAGCACGAAGUUCCUUGAAAACGUCCCUCCUCAGGUUGAUGCUGCAAAGGCACCUGGUUAUCGCGGAAAUGCUGUAUGCUCCCCAGUUUCAUCAAAAACGAGCAGCAAUAGCACAACUCCACCAUCCCUCUCUGCUGCACCAGGACCACAGUACCAGAAUGCACCCACCUUCUCAGCAGAGUCUAUAGGGCCAUGUCUUAACCAUCCAAAUAAGCCACCCCAACAACAGGCUUCACCAGGUGGAGCUGGGGAUGCAGUAUUUGGUGCUGCACGCAGUGGUUUCCCAACAGCUGAACUUGCCCAACCUCGUGUCCCUCCAUCUCAUGACCAUGGUCCUGGACCUGCUAUUUUUGCAACUCCAGAACAGCAAACACAGCUUUUGAAAAUGGUUCCACCUGGACCAGGACCUGUUUCAGAACCUCAGUUGCUAGCUCCAUUUCAUCCUCAUCACCACCACCACCAUCAGCAGCAGCACCAUCAUCAUCAUGCUCCCCCUGUGACAACUGUGAGUAUGUCAAGACUCAAUCCCCGAGCUCCUGAUUUCAGCCUUCACCUUCCACCUGGUAAGGCCCAGCAACAGCAGCCACAACAGGCACCACCACCAGGUGCAUUUGCUUCAGGAUAUCAUAAUAGAGCUCCACCACCUCCCUCAUCUGCUCCUGGGUUAGCUGCAGUUCUGCCUGGACUCUCUGGUGUUCCAUUUGCAGCACCUGGACCAGCAGGGAAACAGCCUCCUGGACCAUAUGGUGGCCAUGGUGCAGCUGGUGCUGGCGGAAAUCCACGGUGGCAGUUGUAUGGGCAGCCAUACCAUGGACCAGGACCACAUCAUCCUGCAGAUGUUGUUGGGCAGCUUGGCUUUCCUUCUGGUGCAAUAGCUCACUUGGCUAGUCUAGCAGCUGGGCUCCCUGGCUCGGCAGACUUGCUUGCUGGUCUUGAAAAUGGAAGUGGUGGAUCGCCACCACCAUCACCUGCUGGAGGUGCAGGUGAUGGAAGAUCGACAGAAGACCGCAAAAUCCGGCCAAUAGGCACUGAACGUGCUAGCUGGAAGAACCUUGUCAAUAAUGUAGCUGGUGAUCCUGACUGGAUGCUAGGUGCAGCUGAGCCAAAGGUGUGGCCUGGACAUACCGUGGAUCGGGGUCAUCCACAACAGCAGCAGCAGCAGCAGCAGCAACAGCAGCAGCAACAGCAACAACUUUUCAGAACUAAUCCAUCACAUUAUGGUCGUCUGCCUUCUGCUGAUGAUUUGCAGCAUAUGGUAGAAGCUCCUUUCCAGGCAGGACAUCCAGAGAACCAACACUCAUUCCAUAAUGGCAGUGGCACAGUAGCAGCCUUGUCGUUAAUGCAUCAUGGUCUUCCGCUGAUGCCACAAUUUGGAGUUGCUGGUGCAGGAGCAGGAGCUAGUGCAGAUAUGGAUGCUGUUAAAAUGGAAGCUCCCAGUUGGGGCUUGCAAGAUGUACAGGAGAAGCCACACCAGUGGCAUGCCAAAUGGAGUCAUUAAAGAAGAAAUUCAGCAUAAUGUUCAGACGUGAAGCUAGUUAAAGACGUAUAUCUUCUAAACAUGAACUUUUUUUAUUAAAAAGAUCCAUCUGUAGCUUAUAAAAAUGCUUUGGUCUUUUCACCUAGUGUUUGGGAUACAGACCUCUGGUAGCUUAUUAGAAACCCCAAUCAGGAAACUCGUGCAAUUGAAAAUUCAUUUGGUUUCUAGGUAUUUUACUUUGACCCAGUCCAUGUUUUGCUAAUGGCUUGCCAAAACAGGCCACAUUUAUAGUUGACAUGCAUUAAAGCAAGUUCGCUUGUACCCAGUCUAUGGGUUUAUGUUGCACUUGUCAACUUGUGGCUCAAUGAUGGAACUUGUCCCUCUCUUAAUAUAUGAUUGUUGUGGGUGCCGCUAUAAUAUUGUAGCUAUGAGGCGCGUCGGAAAUUAGCGGUUAAUGAAUUCGGUGUAUAUAACUAUUUUGUGAACCAAGAGAUACUGUAGCUCAUCUUUCAAAAAUAAGUUCUUUGCAUGUUUCGUCCUUUAUUUGAUAAUUGCUUUGUAGUUUAAGAAAUAAAAGAAUACAGAUUUA